CUGAGAAACUUUGCAAAUACACACCGAAAGGGAAUCUCCAGUGGAAGUUCAGCAACCGCCGAUGGAUUUCGCGAGCCUGACAGACGCCUUGGCGUCCAAAUCCUAUGACAAGGUCGCGUCCAUUUGUGACGCACUGAUGCUUCAGUUUGCGUCUGAGGGCAUUGCCUUUCGUGACGAGUGGCCGUACGCGAUUCAUCUCCUAGGCUACAUCUACGUUAACGACAUCAAUAGUGCACGGUUUUUGUGGAAAACGAUACCAGCGGCGGUGAAAGAGAACAAACCGGAGGUAUUGGCUGCUUGGAAAAUUGGGCAAAAACUGUGGAAUAAGGAUUACGGUGGUGUUCAUGAGGCCAUUCGGGAGUUCAGUUGGAGUCCAGAAACUCAGGGCAUUGUGGCGGCGUUCUCAGAUCUUUUCACUCGAAAGAUGUUUGAAUUGCUUCUUUCUGCUUAUUCGACAAUAAGCAUUCAAGAUGCAGCUCGUUUCCUUGGAAUGAGCGAAGAUGAUGCAACAAACUAUGGCGUGCAGCGUGGUUGGACUAUGGACCCAAUGUCCCGUAUGCUGACUGUAGAGAAGCAAGCCAUUGCAAAAGAGCAGAAACUCGACUCCAGUAACCUGGGACGUCUCACCGAGUACGUAUUCCACCUCGAGCACUGAUCCAAUAUUUGGUUUGUGUAAAAGCAAGGUAGCUGGCUGGCUUAAAAUUGCAUACCUGUGUACAUGUGUGUGUUGAACUGUAAUUUUGUGACUGCCAAGAAGGUGGUAUUGAUUGAUUGAGUGACAGAAACUUGGUAAUCCAUGCUGAUGGAUGGAUGGAUUGAAUAAAUGAGGAAAAUCGCCUAGCACAAACAAAACCAGUUUCCGCCAACAGAGGAAACUGCUCUGCUCAGCUCAGCUCAGCUUGACUAUUCUUCUCCAACUAAUUGCUCCUCUUGCUCUCGAGAAUCAAUCAAUAUCGGUGGUUUGAAUAUUGUCCCAUGGUUAAUAUUUGGGAACAAAUUCUAUACAGUUUUAUCUUCAAAAAUAUACUUGCUACAUUA